GACGUCAAGGAAGGCUGGAGCGCUUCCUCCUUGCUCCGUGGCGGCCAAGGGAGGGAAAAUGAGCACGAGAAGAUUGACAUUCCGAGGCAGUGACGGUGGCAUGAAAAGACCAAGCGAGAGUUGCCAUGAUGUGAACUUCUAAGAUCUGUCCUCACCCUGCUGAUUGACGGCUGCUGUUGUGACCAUGAGAGCAUCCGAUGGGUUCUUAACCCGCCGGCGCCACCGUCCGGUUGCGUGAGCGCCGUCCAACUCUCCCCCCACAGAUCUCGCACGGCAUGGCCUCUCUGGACCUGCCGUAUCGCUGUCCUCGCUGUGGGGAGCACAAGCGCUUCCGAAGCCUGUCGUCCCUGCGUGCCCACCUGGAGUACAACCACACGUACGAGACCCUCUACGUCCUCUCCAAGUCCAACAGCGUUUGCGACGCCGCCGCCCUGCUGCCCCUCGUGACGGAGGGAGCCCUCCUGCCGCCUCCCAACGAUAACGACCCCUUUGAGCCGCUGCAGCCGUCGGCAUUGAAAGAGCGCCGCUUCCCCUGUCGCGAGCUUCCGUGCGUGGACGACCUGAGUUUGACGCCGGCGGGCUCCAACACUUCGGCCAGGUACAUCCCCAAUGUGGAGUUUCCUCUGGGGGAGAUUUUGAUGAAGACGGCCAUGACAUCCACAGACCCCGGCCCCUAUGGGAACCCCAGUACAGCCGUGGCCGUAGCAGCUAACGUCGCCGCCAGCGCAGUGGAGGCGGCAUAUGAAGAAGGCCUGGCCAGGUUGAAGGCGCGCGCCUUUGAGCGUCUCGAGCUGGAUGAAAGGAUGGAGAAGCUUUCUGAAGAGGUGGAGCAGAAAAUAGCGGCCCGCGUAGGCCGUCUCCAGGCCGAGCUGGAGCGAAAGAGCUCCGAGCUGGAGAGGGCCAAGCACGAGAGCGAGCGGCUCAGCCAGGAGAAACAAGAGCUUGAGGACAAGGCCUUGGAACUCUCCCGGCAGGUGGACGUCUCGGUGGAAAUGCUGGCCAACCUGAAACAGGACCUGGUCAACAAGGAGGCGGAGCUCAACCAUAAGCAGCAGGAGGUGGCCCAGAUCGACCAGUUUCUGCAGGAGACUGCGGCGCGCGAGGCCAACGCCAAAGUUCGCCUGCAGCAGUUCAUCGAGGAGCUGCUGGACCGAGCCGACCGCGCCGAAAAGCAGCUGCAAAUCAUCAGCAGCUGUGGCACCACGCCCAACGGAAGCCUGGGACGCUGCAGUCUCCAAGGCAAGGGCAACGGACGCCAGAGAAACUCCAGCAUAUCUGGAAGCACAAGAGGCAUCUAUCAAGCAUCUGAAAGACGCUCCUCCCCCAGUACAGGCGCAUCAGGUCGGAUCAAGUCGGUCUCACAGGGUUCCGGCGGAUACGACAGCGACGGCGUGGAGAUGCACCCCAUGGAGGAGUGCCCCGAGGCUCAGUACUACCACAUGCAGUGCCGCCUGAACGAGGUGGCUUACGAGCGCUCCCCCGGAUGCGGCGGAGGAGGGAGGAACUGGGGUCUCCGCAAACAGGCCAUCCAGAACUGGCAGCGGCGGCCUUACAGGAACAGCACCGAGGGCGAGGAAGGAGACUUGUCCGACGUGGGCUCUCGGACAACUGAAUCCGAAGUGGACAUGUGGGAGCAGGAGAGGAGGGCAGUGGCGGAAGUGCAGCAGUCGUGCGCCCCCUAUCCUUACCACGGCAGGGCUGGAUAUCGAGCGAACACAGGGCGAUGUGAAGGCAUUUACAGCAAACCAUGUCGCCACGAGAAGAGCCCUUCCAAAUCCAAUGAGGUGAUCAGUCCGGAGAUCCUGAAGAUGCGCGCCGGUUUGUUUUGCAUCUUCACCUACUUGGAUACCAAAACGUUGCUGAGAGCUGCAGAGGUCUGCCGAGACUGGAAGUUCGUGGCCCGCCACCCGGCCGUAUGGACGCGAGUCUUGCUGGAGAACGCACGCAUUUCCUCCAAGUUGCUGGGAACGUUGUCUCAGUGGUGCACACAGACGCACUCGCUCAUUCUGCAGAACCUCAAACCGCGACAGCGCGGCAAGAAGGAAACCAAAGAGGAGUACCUGAAAAGCACACGUGGGUGUCUGGAGGAGGGCCUGGAGGCGCUGCUGAAAGCCACCGGAAGUAACCUGCUCAUUCUCAAGAUCUCGCAUUGUCCUAACCUGCUGACCGACCGCUCCCUAUGGCUGGCCAGCUGCUACUGUCGAGCUCUGCAAGCCGUCACCUACAGGAGUGCCACAGACCCAGUUGGCCAAGAGGUUAUCUGGGCCCUCGGAGCCGGCUGUAGAGACAUUAUCUCCCUGCAGGUGGCACCACUUCACCCAUGCCAACAGCCGGCUCGUUUUAGCAACAGAUGCCUGCAGACCAUCGGGAGAUGCUGGCCACAUCUCCGUGCGCUCGGCGUCGGGGGAGCAGGAUGUGGAAUUCAGGGCCUGGCCUCACUGGCAAGGAACUGUAUGCGCCUUCAAGUGCUGGAGUUGGACCACGUGAGUGAAAUCAACCAGGAGGUGGCAGCAGAGGUCUGCAGAGAAGGUUUAAAGGGCCUGGAGAUGCUGGUGCUCACCUCCACGCCAGUCACCCCCAAAGCUCUGCUCCACUUCAACAGUGUGUGCCGCAACCUGAAGUCCAUCGUGGUGCAGAUUGGUAUCGAAGACUACUUUGAGGACCCCAACAGCCCCGAAGCCAGGAAACUGUUUGAUGAGAUGGUGAACAAGCUCCAGGCACUGAAGAAAAGACCCGGCUUCUCCAAAAUCCUCCAUGUGAAAGCAGAUAGUCUGUGCUAACAUCAUUUCAUGCCGAUUGUGUUGAGAGACGCCGCCGCCACCGCCACCGCCCACUAUGGUGGCGCCAUUCAAGUAAAAAAAAAAAAAAAAAAAAAAAGACGCUGCUCCGUGCGCGUGUGUGUGUAAAAGAGUACGUGAACACAUCCCGGGUGUAACACUGGGCCGCCUUGAUGAACAUGUACUGAGGCUCAAUGUGCACAUUGAUGCACGAGGAGACACUUGUUGUUUGUUGCCGGGGGG